GUGUGCCUGUCAAUGAGUGUGCUGUUGAGCCAUGUUUGAACGGCGGCGUGUGUACAAAUGGAAACAUUAACUACGUGUGUACAUGUGCGCCUGGAUUUAAGGAAAAAACUGUGAAAAACACUCUCGUUAAUGUUGCCCUUGGAAAACCUGCCUACCAGUCAAGUAAUUAUUCAAAAGAUUAUGAAAAUCAAUACACUGCUGACAAAGGGAAUGAUGGUAAUGCCGAUGAUAACAUAUAUAACAACCAUUGUUUUGAAACUGAUAACAAUAUGAAUCCCUGGUGGGAAGUCGAUCUUCAGGAUGAAUAUAACAUAAGUCAAGUUAACAUAACCAAUAGGAGGGACUGCUGCACUACAAGAGCAGAGAAUGUGGUAAUCUACGUAGCAACAGAAAAUCUUGGUAACUGGAAGAUGGUAGCCUAUAAGGAAGGUCAAAUGGGUCUUUUCGUGUCUUUCACAUUUGACCCAGUGAAAGCUCGUUAUGUCAGAGUAGCUUUAAGGAACAAACAAACAUAUUUACAUUUAUGUGAAGUGGAAGUCUUUGGACAAAGUGUGCCUGUCAAUGAGUGUGCUGUUGAGCCAUGUUUGAACGGCGGCGUGUGUACAAAUGGAAACUUUAACUACGUGUGUACAUGUGCGCCUGGAUUUAUAGGAAAAAACUGUGAAAACACUCUCGUCAAUGUUGCCCUUGGAAAACCUGCCUACCAGUCAAGUAAUUAUUCAAAAGAUUAUGAAAAUCAAUACACUGCUAACAAAGGGAAUGAUGGUAAUGCCGAUGAUAACAUAUAUAACAACCAUUGUUUUGAAACUGACAACAAUAUGAAUCCCUGGUGGGAAGUCGAUCUUCAGGAUGUAUAUAACAUAAGUCAAGUUAACAUAACCAACAGGAGGGACUGCUGCACUACAAGAGCAGAGAAUGUUGUAAUCUACGUAGCAACAGAAAAUCUUGGUAACUGGAAGAUGGUAGCCUAUAAGGAAGGUCAAAUGGGUCUUUUCGUGUCUUUCACAUUUGUUCCAGUGAAAGCUCGUUAUGUCAGAGUAGCUUUAAGGAACAAACAAACAUAUUUACAUUUAUGUGAAGUGGAAGUCUUUGGACAAAAUUGACAUACAAAAAUGACAAGAACGAACGUCAGCAAGAAAGGAGAGAUGAGAAGGAAACAAAUAUAAAAUGAUAACUUUCUUGCAAGUCUUUUUUUUUUUCAAUCAGAUGCUACCUUUUAAUUUAACAAUCAGUUAAAAAUAAAAAUGAAAAGAAUUA